AUGGCUCCCACUUGCCCUCCUGUCGUCGUCGAUGGCUUGCUGCAUCUCGCCCAGGAGCUGCACAUCCUUCCUACCGCCUUAUUCGAGGCGUCGCCAGCCAACCCCGCGCAUGACCCCCUGUACAUCGGCCUGACCGGUUGCCAGGUCAAGCUCAUGAAGCGGAGCUACUCCGCCAGGGCUGGCAUAACCGCAUACAGGGUCUUCAUUGUCCUUCCCACCGACAUGCCCAUGAUGGGGCUCACCGUCUACGUCCACCAUGCCGCAGAAAGCUGGAAGAAUCGGCAGGCGAUAGAGCUCGCUGUGAGAUGCCUGGCGGCUACCGAAAUCACCAUUGAGAAAGCUAGCGUGGAUGUGGCCCAAUGGCCGAACAUGGUUGCGUUCUAG